CUAUUCGAUGGCGUCGAUAAAGGCACCACACCAUGAACGUCCUGCUUGUGCUGUCGAAGCAGAUGUCGGGAUUUGUGCUCCGUAUGACAUAUGUCACAUCUGAACGACAGGGUUCCCAUACGUUCCUUUUCCAAUGUAUCAAUAUUGGCGAUCACAGUCUUAUUCUCAUCGAUCACUAUACCAUGCAUUUUCAGCAUAUGUGUACGUAAGAAGUAUUUGUUACACACCUCUUUGUUACACAAAUCGCAAUAGUUCUUCCCGUUAGACGAGUACUGGCGUUUCACUGUACCCGGUUGUUUUGGCGUAUUCAUUGCAUUCAGUGAAUCCAUAUCAGGCAUCUGGAACUGAUGUGGCAGUCCACCAGGGAGCAUAAACGGCAACGAUGGGAAGCCUUGUGGCAGCAAACCGGUAAGUAAUUGUUGUGAAAAUCCGCUAUGUUGCAUAAGUUUAUGAUGUUCCAGGAAUUCCAUACUUUUGAAGGCUUUGUCGCAUUCACUACAUUUGAAAGUCGAUGUUGCUGUUGUGGGAGCAGCUUCUCUUGCAGAUUUUUCCUCAUCCUCUUCGGUUUUCAUCCUCUUUCCAGCCGGUGGUGUUACAUCGUCACGAGCUGAAUCUGAGGAACUCAUGAUGACCGACGCCUGCGACGAUGCUGUCGAUGUCGACGGCACCAAUGAGAACGGGAACGCGCCUCCAAGAUGCAUGUUCAUGGCUUGUUGUGGACUGCUCGGCACGUUGUUUACUGGCGAGCCUUCAGGCUUCUUUUGCGGGCGAAGCUGA